GCGUCAUCCAUCUGUCAUCGAGAGAAAAACAAAAAUGGCCUCGUCGGCUAGUCUUUGUUUUGUUUAGUUUUGUAAUCAGUUUUUGGCCCCGCAAACAGUCCGUUUUCCCCGUAAACUAUCCACCAGUCGGUUCCGAUCGCUUUCCCGCGGGAACUGAAUGUACCCACCGGGUGGAAUGUGUGGUAUCGGUGCCGUUAUUGUGAAUUGAAAAUCGUCCGCUGUUACUACCUGACUCGCGCGUGUUUAGACUUUUUUUUAUUGGUUAUUCGAUGGAUUCCCAGAUUUUGUUAGUUCCGAACGUUGGCGCCCUUCCGGCGAUGAAGCCAGAGGUCACGCGGAACACAGUUUUAUCGGAUUCGUUAUCACUGAUUAUGAAGCAGUCCAACCAAUUCAAGAAUGAUAGUGAUCGUAAGUGUGGAACAGGAGGAGGAGGAGGUGGAAGCAACUGCAUCGGCGGAAACAAACAAAAACAUAAAACUGAGAGUGAGCUGAUUCUUGUGAUGGAACCGCAGAACCCGUCACCGACAAAGUAUUUUGACCAGCAUGGUAUUCCACUGAAAAAGGAAGUUUUGGAAAAUGGUGAUUUGCAGGAGUUGGCGGCGAAAAGUUCUAAAAAGCGAACCAAAUUGACAAUAACCUGUCAUAAAUGUGCAAAGCAAUUUGAGACGAAGAUCGAGUACGAGUUCCACUACCGGAAAAGCUACAAUCAGGAGCCUGUCUAUGCUUGCACGACUUGUGAUAAACGAAUAUCACAGUACAAAGCGUACCGCUUGCACAUAUACCGCCACUUAAACAGUGCCAAUCACCGAUAUACCUGUGCGAUCUGCUCGAAGGUGUUCCAUCAGAAGUCGGAUUUGAACCGACAUGAGAGCGUUCAUGGAAACCAGACGCAAGAGCCGGUGGUGGUGACGGCUGCUGCCGCUAUCGUUCAGGAAAAAAUAUGCUGUGAUCGAUGUGAUGCCGUGUUCGGAAGUCAGGCCGAGGUACGAAUCCACGUGCGAAAGAUUCAUCCUAUUCCGAAGCAAAUGAUCGAGUGCCCAGAUUGUGGCAAAUUUUUGUCAGCAGGAAGUUUAUACUCACACCGGAAAAUCCACUCCGAUGGACCCAAGUUUACGUGUGAGGAUUGUGAUAAGUCAUUUGUGCAGAAAAUUAAUUUUAUACAUCACCGGAAGAAGCACUUGCCGAAUGACGAGAGACCGUUUCCCUGUGGGGAGUGCGGGAAGGCUUUUUUCGAGCGAUCGCAUCUUCAGCGACAUCAGUUUUUCCACUCGGAAGAACGUCCGUUCAAGUGUGGGCUUUGUGGCAAGUGCUACAAGACGGAACGGUGCCUGAAGGUACAUUCCGCAGUACACAACGCUGACCGUCCUUUCGUCUGUGCUGAGUGUAACAAGGGCUUUCUGAGCAGCUCUAAGCUGCGUCAGCAUAGUAACAUCCACUCGGGAUUACGUCCGUUCAAGUGCAAGUAUUGUUCUCGAGAUUUUACCAACUUUCCAAAUUGGUUGAAGCACAUCCGCCGGCGACACAAGGUGGAUCACCGGACCGGGGAAAAGUUGGACAGUGUGCCGAAAUUUAUGACAAAAAAGAAGGAAAAAGCGGCAAAUAAAAGUCAGAAUCCGGACAAGGAAGUAAAGGUAAAACCGAAGAAACCCACAAAAGAGGUUCUCCAACUAUCGAUCAAAGAGGAAAGUCUUCCGUUCGUUGGAGAAAACUCCAACAUCGAUCUCAACCUGGUGUCGAAGGAUGAUCUGCUGCAACCACUCAAAAUGGAGGAGAUGGAUGAGAUGUUCCUGGAGCUGCCUGGAGGGGCCAGUGCCGAGGGAAGUGAAGAUGCAUGUGAUGUGACGACUCCGAAGAAGCAGGAGGAGGUUGCCCAGAAUGAGGAAAUAGAAAGUGAUGCACAAGAUUCGGAGCCACUGCGACCAUCGGCUGAACACGAUAUAAUUGAUCCUCCUCUAGGGCUUGCGGGUGACGAUAGUGAGCUGUUUCAGUUUGGUUACGUGCAACCUGAAUUCGAUUGUGAUUUUAGUAUUAAGAACGAUUUUACCUUAAGAACCGAGGCUGUCAAUGUGAUCCGGGAAAGUGAAUCAGGAAUGAGUUCACCACCCGACGGGCUUUCAUCUCCUACAACCGGCGCACUGGUGUACGACAUCAACAGCGAGCUGCCGAUCUUUCCCACACUGAUCUCAAUCUGCGGCGACGAGCAGCAGUUCCAGCUGAUCAAUCCGAACUUUAUUCAUUUGCCGCAGCUGCGAAGAGGUCAUCCAGGUAAUGGAACUACCGGUGGCAGCGGUGUAGACGUUGUUGGAUUAAAAAUCGAAACACCUUAGGAAAGGAUCUGCUGGCGUUAUAUUUUCGACGCGAUAUAAAACUUACAGUGACGUAACAACUGUAUAAUUAGUAAUAGUGUACUCAAGAACGGGAGUGAGCUAAGUUUGCAGCCCUCCCGGAAGCUGGGCUAGUGAGAGAUGAUAAUGAUGAUAUUGUGGUGAUUUAUUUUAGACGAAACAUCAAAUUAACUGCUUCAAUCGGUUUACAGUACAGUAUAGAACGUAAGCAUUCAGGUAUUUCUUGCUCCUCUCGGGAGAAUAAAUUUAUAUAUUUUCUACGAUAAAGUCGUGAAUGGAUACAAUACUGCACAAUGAAAGUAUUUAUCGUAUUAAAGUAACAAACAAAAAAACGCUGGGAGUACAAGUGAGGGUAGGGAAAACGUAAUACAAAGCGUAACUCAGAGCCUACCAAAAGACUGUUUUUGUAAUAAAUACGAGCAGACG